GUCAGGGCGAAAAUCACGCGGAGAGAAUCGGGACCGACGAUCCCCUCCCAUUUUCGUCCAGUGGCAAUCGGCGGUCGAGUCGCGUCUCCGCAGUCGCCGCCGAUUCCAACGGCUGCUGCAUCUGCUCGCUCAGUGUUUUAGGUCACCGUCGCCGUCGUCACGCAUCGGUCGUCUUCAUCAGUACCUGCGCAUCGUCUAUGCGCACUGUAUAGAUCGCUAACUGACCGCGUCAACCCGUCUCAUCGCUCCCGCGGUGGCCUUCGCCCGCCGUCGAGAUAUGGUCGUCACCCGCGACCAAACGCGCUGGCGACUGCACUCGUCCACCUUCGGGAUGUGCCGCAAGAACGUAUAGAGGAGCAAUUACGUGCGCGGAGACUUCAGUGCGGGCAAAUCAAUGUUGAAAGAAAGCACCGGUGACAUCCUCUUGGUGCCGAUCGUGGUCACCACUACCGACGUACAGGAUUUCGACUUCUCGAUUCCAAUUUUUAAAACGUGGUACGAACUCUACGCAAAGUAUACCGUCAACCGGGCCACUUCGCUGUCGUACUUGGAGACUUGGAGCCCGGAAGUAUGGGCUGCGUUCCUGCUGACGAUGUUCGUGAUCGUCGUGUGCCUGUGGUUGGUCGUGAAAAUCAGACAUAUAAUGCCGUCGGCGGACGACGUACCCGUGCAGCAGGUACAAUUGCAGCAGCCAUCGGCCAUCGAAUCUCCUAGCCUGAUAUCCUAUUUCUUCGUCGUAUGGGGAUCGAUUUGCAGUCAAGGACUUCACACCGUCAACAUCAACGCCUGUUCCGUGCGCGUCGUAUCCUGGGUCACGUUACUGUUCGGGCUGUGCAUUAGCACGUCGUACUCGGCCGUCCUGUUCUCCCGGUUGACCGUUGACAAGUCCGACUUGGUCAUACCGUCGUUGGACUCGGUGGCCAGGAUGCGGACGCACGUGCUGUGCGUGCGGCGCAACAGCUUUGGAUACCUGCUGUUCAAAGCGAACGAGACGGAUGCGGCCAUCAUGGACCGGUGGCUGGGAGUGGUGAACGAGCCACCUUGCCCCCAGUACGAGUUCGGCGACAUCGAGGUGAUGGCCAAGUCGGUGUGCACCCAUCAGACCAUAUUGGUGUUGGAGACGCCCAUGGUGAUGGCCAGGGCUAUGAGCCACCAGAACGGGUGCCGAGUCAUGUCGGUGGCCGGUCGUCACGCGGUCGCUUACGCAUCGGUGUUGACGGCCAAGGGAUCGCCGUACACGCCACCGAUAAACGAGAUAAUGGUGUCGCUGCUCACCAACGGAGUGGUGGACUACUUGCAAAAGAAAUGGCUGUCUCGGGAGUUUCGCGACUGGACGUUCACGGAAGCCGACAGCAUCGGAGUGACCAUCGGGCACGUGCGCGGGCUGCUCGUCGUCCUCGGCCUGUCCGUCGUCGUCGCCGCCGCCGUCAUGUUCGCCGAACUGGUCACCGCCGGAGCGAACCGUUCCGUUGUUCCGGUUCCGUUUCGUAGCGUUGACCGCAGCAACUACGGCCAGCGCAGCAGUCGUGUAACCACUUACGGCGGUGCCCGUUGGUGAAAAUCGUGUAGGCGCUAAGGGUGUGUAGGUAUUUAUUUAUAUCGUAGCACCCUGGGGCCUUGAUUCUAUAUAUAUAGGCCCAAUUUAAGUUAAUAAACGCACUCGGCGGCCGACUCGUGCGCAAGGGCGUGGCUUUGCUUUAUACACGGUAACCAAAAUAUAUACAGAUUCUUUAUUCUCGGGGGGUAGUUAUAGGUAGAGGGUAGGAGGUGUUAUCGCCUCCCGUCGAGUAACAUCACGAAACCACACCGAAUGUUUAAUUCUUGACAAUAAUUUGUUUUUAAAUAUAUUCAGUCAGCAAAUAUUUAUAAGACGUUUAUAAUGUAUAAUAUAUACGUAUAUCACAUAGGCGUGUCCAGAACUAUUUUACAAAGAUCUGGUCAAGAGCACUUUAAAAAAAUAAUCUAAAAGUUACUUUUGAUUUAAUUUAAACUCGAAGUUCUGACCAUCGCAGCAAGUCCAGAUCCGUAAACAUAGGUAUAAGCAUACAGCUAGGACAGAACUUAAACAAUGAACACUCAUCACUAUUUCGAAACUAUUAACUUUUUUUAAGAUAUGCAAUUUUAAUAUUUUAUACGAUAUUCACUUUAUUUUCAU